GACUUGGUAGGCUUCUAGUAAGAUAGAUUGGGAAGAUAUAUUAUUAAGGCUCAACUUUCAGUGGUCAUUGAGGUUGAUCACUGAGAUCGAAGAGGCGGCCCCUUGAGAGAAAAGGGAAAAACGAAGGAAAAAGGAGAGAGCUUUGAAGGUGGAUUCUUCCGUUCUGCAUCAGUGGCCACUGACUGCUGACCUUUAAUAUUUAGUAAGAUUUUGAAGUUCAAGUUGUGGAAGCAGAAGCACGGCCUGGGAAGGGAGCAAAACGAUCACAAGGGCUAUCUAUGUAAGUACCCCUUCGCAAGACUACGUCUACGCAAUAUUUGAUAAUCAAGAAAUGGAGGAGAAGCAAGAGGAAUAAAUCUGCAGACACCUCCAGGCAAAGAGUGCCCCGCUGUCUUCAAGAAGCUCUGCCAGUUAAAUCUGUGGUUAAAAAGAGAAAGCACGAAAGAUCUAAAACAAAGUGCAUAGUUGUGAUAUGCUCUUCAGAUGAUUUCAAAAAAGCUCCUUCUAAAUCUGUUUGUCAAUGCGUGGCACAAAACUGAUUUCCGAAGUCGAAGAUCAUCGAUCCUAGAUUUAAUAUUUGAACCUCCUCAACAUUGA